AUGAUUGUGUAUAUACAUUCUCAGGUCUUUUCCAAUUAUUUUCUAGUUUUUCAGUUAGGGUAAAAUUAGUGGAUAGAUCAAAGGUUGUGGUUUCUUUACGGCCGAAACAAAACGAAAACUCUAUAAUUGUCAUAUCUUCUGCAUCACAGAUAAUGGUUCUGCAGUUAUCUGUACUGGAAGAAGUCAAUAAUAUAUUUGACAAAUAUUGUGAAGUCUGUAGCCGAGUGCAGUUGAACGUUCUGUCCUAGUUAUUUUGACAAUGCAGUAUACCUUGAGAAACACAUAACAAAAUGUGGAACACUGCCGUAAGAAGAUCGCAUUUUGAAUAUUUAUGGAAAACAUCCUUUUCUGGUCUUCAGUGACUGACCACGUGGUGUAUAAUUGAAGGCUGUCAUUUUUAUCGAGAAGGUUGCAUUCGCGGUCUUGUGCAAUCUAUACAUGAGAAAUUUAAGAGGUCGGAAAAGAAAGCCAUAUGGGAGAAACAGAAGUCUCAUUCGGCAUAUUGGGUCAGAUCUUCCACUUAAGUCACUGCCGAGAUUCUACCUGGGUCCUGAAGUUAUGGGGGAUGUCUGUGUCCAUGAUUGCAUCCUAGAAGAUUAUUCUGGAUAUAUCAGGAGCUAUGGGAGAAACAGCCAGAAGUCUCAGCUAAUAUGUAGUUCUAUCCGUCAUCACAGUAGCAUAAGGAGCAGCUUAUCUGUAGAAGAACAUGAUGGUGAGAUUUUGGCACUGCAGAAAGAGGUUCACAAACUGCAAGUUAUGGUGCAUGAGUUGUGGCUGUGUCACCAAGCAGGCCUGUCAUCUGUUUGUGAAGAGACAGUGAAUGCCAUGAGCUGCGCCAUUCCAUCAACAUAUGCAUCGCCAACACGACUACUUCCACCUCCACCACCACCACCACCACCCCCUCCCCCUCCUCCACUGUCAUUAACACCUGCACCUAAUGCACAACGGAAAUUAAAACUCACCAGUUUGUGUCACGUUGAUUGUGGAAGACAGACUCUACCCUCACUGGGAGACAUUUUAAAGGAUAUUACUAAAGUGAAGCUGCGUCCUGUGGAACGAUCUCCUGGUGGAAAUCCUAUAAGACGCCCUCUAACGCCUUCAAAAUCUUCAACUGAUCUUGCUGCUGUGUUAAAGAAGAGAUUUAUAGCAAUACAUAAUCAAACUCCAACAUCACCUUGUCAUGACUCCGUUAGUAACAGUCGUAACUCUCAGGUAAAACUUGAUAACAGUGCACAUAUUAGUUUUGUCUUAAAGCCAGAAUAAUACUUCAAAUUCACCCAAAUGAACCCACAAAACCCAGGCGACCGGGGCAGAGGAUUUUUCCUCUAGCCUCUGCAUCCAGACCGGCUCUGGGGCCCACCCAGCCUCCUAUCCAAUGGGUACCGGGG